AUAAAUCUAUCCACUUCUUCAUUUAUUCUCACUCUUAUUAUCCUAACACUACCCAUCUUCACCCCUAUAACAAACUUACACAAAACCCUUCCCUAUCCCAACUACGUAAAACUUAUUAUCUCUACAUCGUUCUUUCUAAGCCUCAUUCCUACCCUGAUAUUAUUCAACUCCAACCAAGAAACCUUAACAACCAACUGAAACUGAAUCAUUGCCCCAACCAUCCACAUAAACCUAAACUUAAAAAUAGACCACUUCUCAAUUCUUUUUACAUCCGUAGCACUAUUCGUCACCUGAUCAAUUAUAGAAUUCUCCUUGUGGUAUAUACACUCAGACCCUCACAUAAGCAAAUUUUUCAAAUACCUACUCAUAUUUCUAAUCACUAUAAUGAUCUUAGUAUCAGCAAAUAAUCUCUUACAACUUUUCAUUGGCUGAGAGGGAGUAGGGAUCAUAUCUUUCUUGCUAAUCGGGUGAUGGCAUGGACGAACAGACGCGAACACCGCGGCACUACAAGCCAUUCUGUACAACCGCAUCGGAGAUAUUGGAAUAGUAAUAUCAAUAUGUUGACUUCUACUACACUCCAACACAUGAGACCUUCAACAAAUCUUCAUUACCCAAAACCACCCCCACCUUCUCCCCCUAAUAGGAUUACUUGUUGCAGCUGCCGGAAAAUCAGCACAAUUUGGCCUCCACCCAUGAUUACCAUCAGCUAUAGAAGGCCCCACUCCUGUAUCAGCAUUACUACAUUCAAGCACCAUAGUAGUCGCAGGCAUCUUCCUUCUCAUUCGACUUUCACCCUUAAUACAAAAUAACCAAAAUAUCCUAACUGCCUCACUAUGCCUCGGAGCCCUGACAACACUAUUCACAGCUAUCUGCGCUCUAACACAAAACGACAUUAAAAAAAUUGUAGCAUUUUCUACUUCAAGCCAACUAGGCUUAAUAAUAGUAACUAUCGGAAUCAAUCAACCACACCUAGCAUUUCUCCACAUUUGCACCCACGCUUUCUUCAAAGCCAUAUUAUUCCUAUGCUCAGGCUCAAUCAUCCACAACCUAAACGAUGAGCAAGAUAUCCGAAAGAUGGGGGGACUAUAUAAAACCCUUCCAAUUACCACCUCAUCCCUAAUCAUUGGAAGCCUAGCACUAACCGGAAUGCCGUUCAUAACAGGAUUUUACUCAAAAGACCUAAUCAUUGAAUCCGCCUGUACAUCAAACACUAACGCCUGAGCCCUCCUCACAACUCUAAUCGCAACAUCACUAACAGCUGCCUACAGCACACGAAUAAUCUACUUCACCCUGCUAAACAAUCCUCGAUCAACCCCUCAACUAAACAUAAACGAAAAUAACCCUCUGAUAGUCAACCCCAUCAAACGACUAUCAAUUGGCAGCAUCUUUGCAGGGUUUAUCCUAUCAUAUAACAUCACCCCCACAGACAUCCCACAAAUAACCAUACCCCUUUACCUAAAAUUUUCCGCCAUCCUAACAACCAUUCUUGGCUUUACAAUCGCAAUAGAACUAAGCUCGAUAACCCUAAACCUAAAAAUCCACUAUUCAAAUAAACUAUCUAACUUUUCAAACCUACUAGGAUAUUUCACCACACUCACUCAUCGAAUCCAACCACACAAAAACCUUCUAACAAGCCAAAACUUAGCCACAUCAAUAAUUGAUAUAAUCUGACUAGAAAAACUAAUUCCUAAGAGCAUCUCCAACUCCCAAAUAACAGCUUCCUCAUUAACCUCAAACCAAACAGGCCUAAUCAAAUUUUAUUUCUUAUCAUUCCUACUCACCAUCACCCUAGCUAUUAUAACAACCACCUACCUCUUCGAGUAA